AUGGAGCUGAUGCAGGCGAUGCAGAGAUGGAGAAUUCUCCGUGCCGACGGAGCUGCCGCUGAGCAUGGCAUUUUAAGUGCUACGGAGCUAGAGCCGCUGAAGAGCAAAUGCACUCAAGGUGUGGGAACACAACUUUCACGUCGCCACAACGACGUGAAAGAGCGCAUCCAGGCAGUGCAGAAGGCGACCCAGCUGCCGGCUUCGAAGCAUGGAAAAGCAGAUGCUUCGGAAGAAAAUAUCUUUGACAGCAUCAAGAAGGAUGGAUGUGGCAAAGGUCCUCAAGACACUUCAGAAAACCUUGAUGCGCAAUCCUUGCCUGCAGAGAGCCAGCACCGCCCGGAAAGCCAGCCAACACCCUUUUGCUGGGACCCACCUGUAACAAAGAUCCGGCAUCCAGUUCCUGAGUCGAUUCCCACACCGCUUGCAGAGCAGCCGGUUGCAUGGCCGGCAUCCCAGCCGGUGCAAGUUCCACAGCCAGUUCUGGAAAGCUUGCCAACUCCUUGGUUUAGCCAGACAACACCCAAAGCGGAGGUGUCAGACCGCUACAUCAGCGACCCAACUCCCAUGCCUUCUCUACGAGAGGAAGAGGCCCUACCCAGCUUCAGUCUUCCCACUCCAGUGCCAGUGGAACCAGCAUUCCUCAACCGCGACCCCAAUACGCCUCCGAGAUCUGCUGACAAUGAAG